AUGCGUCGAACGUUCACAACAUUCGCUGGCUUCGCGGCGCUGGCCGCAGCGGUCGCCCAGCAGGCCUCCUCAGUACCUGAUAUUGCCAUAGCACAGUUCGGCCAAACUUGGUAUGGACCAGACGGUCCAUGGUCCGCCGCAGAAGUCGAGGUGGGGACCCCACCGCAAAAGGUCUACCUCACAGUCGCAACCCUCCAAGACACAAUCCUUCCUAUCACCCCGGACGCUUGUAACGGAAUUAAGGCUUGUAUAGAUGGUCGCGGGAGCGCAUAUAACCAAACCUCUAGUUCGACAUGGACACCUACAGCGGACCGAGAUACGGAAUUAGGUGCAGAUAUGUCUGCAGGCGUUAUAGUAAACGGGCAGGCAUAUGGCAUUGAAGUCCGCGGUGUUCCCGGUCAAGAUACGGUAUCCAUUGGAGGAAUCCCGGGUAUCAGAAACGUAUCUGUGGGGGCGAUCCGGAGUACAAGGAUUAAUAACGGUCUCCUGGGGUUAAGAAAUGUUACACAACAGAUGUACCAGCAACGAUUGAUCCCUUCACCAUCAUGGGCUUACAAUACCGGAUCCGGGGAUGGGUCGAGAUUACCACAGUUGGUAUUCGGUGGCUAUGAUAGAUCGAAGUACCUCCCUGGUUCGGUUCAAAAUCAUACAAUGAUCCCAGUAGACAACGGGAGGCCAACAAUGAAGGCAACCCUUGAUUACUUUUUUCUAAAUAUCACUGGGCCAACGGAUAGGAGGAGUUUUAAAACAAAUUCAAGCCUGAUAGACGAGCCACUCGAAGUUACCAUCGAUAGCUCGACUCCUUACUGCUGGCUACCCAGGGCAAUCACGGACAAAAUUGCGCAAAGCGUUGGCGCAGUAUGGAAUGAGUCUAUCGGAGGAUCUGGCUACUAUGUCUACAAUUUGUCAGCGCCAGCAUAUAAGAAUUUAGAAACUUCAACUCUGGCAUUCCAUUUCAACGGCACAGGCGAUUCCUGGCUCUUCAACUCGAUGACUGUUUCCCAUUGGUUGUUCCUGGCAGCCCCAACAGAGGGGGUUGACCCUGCCUCACCAUUGAGAUACCUUCCACUCAGACCGGUUGAUAAUGCCAGCCGUUCUGUCCUAGGCAGAGCUUUUCUCCAACAAAUCUACCUGACAGCCAAUUAUUACACUAACACAUUCUCUAUGGCCCAAAUUGACCUCGACUCACAAUCAGCCGCUCAAUACGUCCGCGUCGAGGCCCCGGUUCCACCGCCACUACCAUCUCCUUCACCGCCUAGCUCGAAUAAGCUAUCUGAUGGCGCCAUCGCUGGAAUCGCCAUCGGAGUCGUAGCUUUCGUUGCUAUAAUACUAGGCCUAAUAUUUUGGCAGGCAAAGAAGAGAAGAAAGGCUGCGGACCAACCUGUUCCCACACCACCAGAUGCGGAUAAAGUUUACCCAAAGAACGGAGUAUACUAUCGCGAACUUUCAGCAGACGCCAUGGGAGGCCAGGGUAGAAUGGUACCACCGGUGGAGUUAUAUGCACCGAAUUACCCUGUAGAAGUUUCUGCAGAUACAGGGGAAAUAAGCAAGUGA